CGACAUAUAUCUUGGUGACAUCUCCCAACAAUAACUCAGGAUCCACCGAUUUGCUAUUUCCUAGUCUACACUGCUUGAACUUUCUACGCUGGAAAGUCCCCACCCUGACACCAACCCAAGCAAAAUGCAUGCCCUCCCUGUCCAUGAAGUUCCCAUCGAGUCUCCAUCCCCAUCCGAAAUCUUCCAGCUACCCACCGGCGAAACCGGCUACCACUGGAUCCUCUCCGAUGCAGAGCGAAACCAUAUCGCCGAGAUGCUCGAAGUGGAGGACAAAUCCCUUCUGACCCUCCGCGGUAACCGGAUGAUGCGGGAGCGCGCAACCUGCUCCGGCUGCGGCAAGCACUCCGGGCUCGACGACCUCGUCCACAACGCUCUGUAUGCCGGCAUCCACGGCAAGGCGUUCAUGUUGGACGUGCUGGUGCACGGGCCCAAGGCCGAUAGUCCUGGGCAUGAGAUCACUUGCUCCGGCUGUGGAUUUGUUCAUGAUGGCUUGUUCAUGUGGAUUCCAGCUCUACCCUGGUGAUGUUGAGUGGACAAUCUUGGCUCUGUUCUUAGGAGAUUG